GAUCGCUCAGCUCAUGCCAGUCGAUUCAAAAAUUUGUGUGAAAUUGCGAAUUCGGUUCUAACUCAAUAUUUUCUAAAAUACAUCCGUUGUUUUCAAAAACAGGCUCAAUCAUGUUCAAACAAACUAAUUGGUUUCCUUUUACCUAUUUCGGUUUCCGUGCAUAAGUUUUUUGCCAUGAUCGAGAAAAUAGUGUGGCAUGUGAUCAGUACGCUUUUUCUAUUAUUAUUAUUGAUUAAUAUUUGCAAGGAAGACAGUUACGAGGUUUGUGCAUCUCCAGUGAAACAUAUCCCUUUGAGCGCCAAUUUUGAAAUACCUGGGUAUUCAGAUGAGGAGGUGCCAAGAAAUUUAAACUUUUUGGACAUUUUGAAAAAACUCCCGCCCACAAGACCGGUCGAAUUUCGUCGCGGCAAAUUGAAAAAGCGGAAAAAAACAAAGAAAAACAAAAAAAUAAAAGGUACAAUAACAACAAAUGAAAUAACAACAGGAUCAACUGUAAUGGGAAAAAAUAGAGAGAAGAAGCCGAAACGAAGACAUUCGAAGAAGAACAAGAAGAAUAAACUGAGGAAGGGGAAGGAUGAGAAGAGGAAACCAUUCGAUAUUACAGUGCAUAUAAAAGUGGACGACGUAGAACAGGAAUGAAGUACGUGCGGUCGUUGUCACCAACGAACAACUGAACCGCCCCGCAUACUCGGGUGUCUUUUAUGUUAAGAAAUCUUUUUCGUUCACCUAUGUCCGUGUGAACUUCCGAUUUUCGGCUGCGACUUCUCUCAAGCUGUGCUGUGUAGAAGUUUCAAACGUAGAAUAUCGUCAUUGGUUGUGGACACGGUGGAAACCCUGUUGAGCGACUUUAUAACCAAUAGAAUUAAUUAAUAUUACGAUAAAACAAAUCUAUUGGUUCGCUCUGCGGUAAGUUUGGCGGAAUCUUAGUCUUAAAGAAGUUCAAAACUAUGUUUCCAGUGCUUUUCUAUGACAAAUUUUACGUUUCUACGUUCAGAAGUUCUGUAUCUGCUAUGAUGUCCUUAUCAGUCAGUCAGUGUCCAUUUUGUUUUGAUAUAACGUUGGUCGAAUUUCUUGAUAAAAGUAUCUAUAAAUCUAUUAAAUGACACCCAAUGCUGUUCGUUGGUGAAAGCGGCCAGUAUUUUUGAAAAAAAAAAUUGAAAUAGAAGUUUAUUAUUCUAUUUUUUUAUAUAGUUAGUAUAGUUAAUAGAAAUUUAAUAAUCAAAUGAUUUUAUCAUGUCUGGCCGCAAAACAUAAGAAUUAAAAAGCAAAACAAUUUUGUUCUACAUAGGUAUUUAUUUUGCGGCCGCGGCCUGUCAUUAUAUCGUGUCAUCGUUAAAUGUCAACGUAUUUUGACAUUCUGCGAUUGACUGGCAUUGUUAGCCAGAGUGGGUAUUGGGGUAUUUUAAUUAGACGUUAACAUACAUAAAUAAAGUAGAAGAAACUAGACAAAUAAGUAUCUAAUACGAUUGUAUGUACAAUAUUAUGUAUAAUAAUAAAAUAAGUAAUUUUAGAUAUAGGCUGUAUUUAAUUAUUUUUUUUAUUACACUCGAUAGUAUAUCGGCUGUAUGCGACUUUAUCCAGCGUAUUUUUCGCGAUAAAAUGUACCCUAUGAUAUUCCUAAGGUUUUGUCUAUCCAUCAGAAUCGGUCAUUGUUUAUUUGUCACCAAAAGGUACAUAUAACAAAAUAUCGAAAAAAAUUAAAUUUAUCUUUUUAAUAUCAUAUUAGGUAAGUGUGAAUAGUAUGGAUGGCAUUCACGCAACGCGCGAAGUUCGGAGAAGUUUUAUGCCUUGGAUCAAACCCAUCUAAAAGAUGGAAUAACCUAGCCCAAACCCAUUUAUAGAAUACUUUGUCCUCAGGCGUCAAUUCAAUCUUGUUUUGGAUGCUAUGCUGAGCAGUUUUAAUAAUUUUACUUAUACAAAUUCAAAUAUAUGCGAAAUAGCGUAUUUCUGCAA